UGACCUCUGGUGGACGAGCGUGAUUCAAAGAUGCAGCAAAGAGACAAUCAGCUGGCUGACGAGUUUCAGCUGCUCGCACAGGGGAGGAGAACUGGAGUUUAACUUGAGCUGUGAGGCCCGACGAGUCCUCCCCUUUUACACGUUUAACAAGGUAAACUGAAAAAGUUCUGGUAGAAAAAUGCCACGAGAGAACAGCUUUAGUUUAAAAAGUGUGCCGCUCAUAAUAUUGCUGAUAUUUGUUUUGCUUUGGAACCGGAGUGACUCUCAGGUGAACAGAGAAGAAGCCAACAAGCUUCCAGAUGGCCGGCGAGGAGACGGCAGCGCCUUCUUCGCCAUGCGGAGCUGCCAGCAACUGCUGCGGGGCGACGCCGGCGAGUUCUUCUCCCCGGACUACCUCUGCUCCAACCCGCCCCUGUGGUGCAACUGGACCAUCAAGGUGGAGCCCGGCAAGAGGAUCCACCUCCACCUGGAGGACCUGACCCCCAACGACGGCUGCUCCCUCAAGGAGGACCAGAUCCACGUGGACGAGCCCGCCGCAGGGUUCCGGGGUCACGCGGUCCUGCAGCAGUGCUGGCGGGAGGCCAAGUACACCUCCAUCUCCAACACCCUGUACGUGGUGCUGCUGAUCGGCGGCUGGCCCAGCCCCCCCUACAGGGGCUUCCACGGCCGCUACCAGGCAUUCGGACCCCCGGUGGUUUACGACCCGCGGCAGGGCUUCGAGGCGGAUCCGGCCCCCGGGCUGGUGGACUUUGGCGAGAUUGCGGUGGCGGGCGAACGGCUGGAGUCGGGUUUGCCAGAGGCUCGCGAUGGCGUGUACGAUUAUUACGGCCUAGCCUCGUCCGAGGAGGACGACGACGAGUGGGGUGAAAACCAACCUCCUGAGGUGGAAAUCUACAACCGCACCUACCUGUCCAGGGCCGCGUCCACGGUGUCAGCGUUCACACAGGGGACCUCUCGAUCGGAGAGGGGGGCCGCUCCGACGACUGCAGCGCCGCCCGACACGUCGACGACCACACAGGUGAGUGCGCAGGAAGGCGCCGGUCCAGAGGAGGAGAGGUCUGCAGAGGCCUCGGACAGUCUCCCCGCCUCUUCCGAAGCACCAGAACCGGAGGGGAGAGAGCCUCCGCCCAACGUGGUGGAGCCGCUGUCGGACCGCCGGGGGAACCUCAACAUUAGGAAUCGCUCUGAAAUUCCACACUUGGCCCGAGCUCACCUGUUUGAGGUGGCUCUUGAAGUGAACUUCAGACAGGGCUCUGAGUCCUUGGUCAACCCGUCCGGGUCACUGCUGCUGUCGGUAAAGUCUUUGGUCGGCGAGCGGCUGAAGGCUCUGGGUACGCCGCUGUCCAUGUCGUCAAAAAGAAUAAAAAGGCUGAGCAAAGGGCUGCUGUACAUCCUCUGGCUGCAGAUUGGCCAGAAGCCCGGGGGGGCUGAGGUCCGGGAGGUCGUCCGCUCCCGCCUGGAGGGCCUCAUUGCUACGGAGAUUGACCUCGGUGAAAGCCACGUGAAGGCCGUCCUUGUGUCCGUGUCCAUCGCAGAUGUGAACGAGUGUGACUCUCAGCUGGUGCUGUGCGACGCCAACGCCGACUGCGUGGACCAGUUCGGUUCGUACUCGUGCCGCUGCAGGCCGGGCUUCCAGGACACCCGCCUUGGGUCGGGGGGGGGCGCCGACGUGAAGGCCGCAGGUUGCAGCUUGGGCAUGUCAGCCGAGACUAAAGGCGUCUACGUGCUCUUCUUCCUGCUCAGCUUCCUCGUCCUGAUGCUAAUGGCGGUGGCCGGCCUGCUGUACCAUAGACGCCACCGGGGGGAGUUUGUGGUUCGGUGCAACAGCGCCGUCUCUCACCCGGACCACCACCAGCGGCGCGGCCCACACCAUUACAAUGAACCCGACCUGCCCCCCCCGCCACCGCCCGCCCGGAGCUUCAGGGAGGCCUGGCCUCAGGGGAAGGAACGCUACCCGGUGGUGGACCUGCCGCUGCUGAGCUUCAGCCCGCUGCUCCCGCCGGACGGCUACAGGGAGCCACGGGAGGGCGUCAAGAUGUGACCGACGAACUGAACUCAACGGGAAAUUACUGAGUUCGCUUUCUGGUGCCAGUGAAUUAAAGUCUCAACCAACAGCUUUUCCUUCCAUUGUUUUUUUUUUUUUUUUUUU